AUGCCAUACACUCUCCUCGCCUUCCUCACCCGCAAAGCCGGCACAACCCCUUCGGCCUUCAAAGCAUACUACGAGACUCACCAAAUCCCCUUACUGAAAAAAUUCUCGGCCCGGACCGGUUUCCUGUGGUUCACAAGCGGUUCUAUCUACCCCGGGAAUUGGGACAACACCACCGUCCUGAAAGAGGAGAAAGAGGAAGAUAAAGAAUCCUUCCCCUGGGACUGCUGCGCGGAGGUCGUCUUUCGGGAUCAGGCGCAUUUCGAGGCGUUCUACGGGGCGUUAGUGGCGGCCGGGGAGCGGUUGCAGGCGGAUGAAGACCGAUUUCUGGAGCGGGGAGAGAUGAAAGUGGUGCCAUUUGCGGAGGGAGCGGUGGCUACGACUUCUUUUGCGGGUUAA